GGCCUCGCUGGACCACGGGCCCGCCAGGUUCUCCCGCAACUUGCGGAGCUCCUGGACCGGCCCUUCCCAGAGGCGCAGCAGAGUCCCAGGAGCAGGAAGAGGAGGGGCGAGCACAGUCCUGCCUCCUCCUCCCCCCACACUGCAGGGGGAAUGACCCCCACUGCCUCCUCCUCCUCCCACACUGCAGGGGGAAUGACCCCCACUGCCUCCUCCUCCUCCCACACUGCAGGGGGAAUGACCCCCACUGUCUCCUCCUCCCCCCACACUGCAGGGGGAAUGACCCCCACUGUCUCCUUCCCACACACUGCAGGGGGAAUGACUCCCACUGUCUUCUCCUCCCCCCACACUGCAGGGGGAAUGACUCCCACUGUCUCCUCCUCCCCCCACACUGCAGGGGGAAUGACCCCCACUCUCUCCUCCUCCCCACACACUGCAGGGGGAAUGUCCCCCACUGUCUCCUCCUCCCCCCACACUGCAGGGGGAAUGACCCCCACUGCCUCCUCCUCCCCCACACACUGCAGGGGGAAUGACCCCCACUGUCUUCUCCUACCCCCACACUGCAGGGGGAAUGACCCCCACUCUCUCCUCCUCCCCACACACUGCAGGGGGAAUGACCCCCACUGUCUUCUCCUCCCCCCACACUGCAGGGGAAAUGUCCCCCACUGUCUCCUCCUCCUCGCACACACUGCAGGGGGAAUGUCCCCCACGGUCUCCUCCUCCUCCACACACUGCAGGGGGAAUGACCCCCACUGUCUCCUCCUCCCCCACACACUGCAGGGGGAGUGA